AAAAAAUAAAAACAAUAACAAUAACAAAAACAUUCUUUACGUAAGCGCAACACGACGAUUCUUGGGCUAUGGCAUUGACGAACUUCUCGCUGCCAUUUGGCGCACUAGCUCAGCCCUGGGGCGUUACCUUAGCUCCACUGCAUCCCAUACAUCAGCUGGCGAGCAAUACAAAUAAUUUGCUAUACUCGCCGGCAGAUCAUCAGCAGCAGCAGCAGCAGCCGCCGUCACAGCAACAGCCCAACGCUGCAGCCAACGACUUCUAUAAGAAUAAUCCCUAUGGACCGCCUGCGCUGCAUCAGCAGCCAGAGCAGCCGAGUCAGCCAGGCGCUACUUAUGGCUACAACAACAGACGCAAGCAGGGCAGCGCCUAUUUACCGCCCACAGGCGGCGGCGUAGUGCGCAACUCCGUCUAUCACAUACAGCAGCAACAGCAAGAGCACAACGUUGCCUUUCAAAGCUCCAGCUCCAGCUCCAGCAGCAGUGCCAGCGCUACUCGUGGCCCCGCCGAGGGCUCCUACACUCGUUACCCAGCACAGGCGCCGGCGCCAGCGCUGAAGCAACAGAAGCAAUACUAUAAUGCCCAUGGCAGUGCCACUGCCACCUUCAGCAAGAACAGCGGCAGCUUUAGCAUCACAAGCUUUGGUAGCAGAGCUCAGCAGCAGCAGCCGCCGCCGCCACCACAGCCGCCGCAGCAGCAGCAAGCGCCGCCACCGCCACCACAGCGUGGCCGACAAACGCCAGCAAGCUCCAAUGCUGGCAAAACGGAAAUGCCCGCCUCCACAUACGGCGUGGCAGCAGCGCCGGAUAAUUAUCCAGAGCGUGCGCCUGGAUUUACGCGCGUGCAGGCAGGCCAGGGCUCCCGCACUCAGGUGCAUGCUGUGCUCGACUAUGAUGUGGAGGAGGAUGAGGAGGAGGAGGAGCAGCAUGAUAGCGAUAACGAUGGCGAGUACUACGAUGCUGAGGGGCACGACAAAGCUAAAAAUCCAAGUCAAAUGCCCACGGUGACGCCAAUACAGGGACCAAUUUUUUUGAAGAACGGCAGCGUGCCGGUUGUUCCAUUGUUCUCCUAUCCCAAAGCAAGCAAUGGCUCAUUUUUUGCAGUUCCGAUCUGGUGGACGGCUUUAUCGGUGGCACUUGGUCUGGACGUGCGCGGCGAUGUUAUAAAGGGCGUGCCUUGCAUUAAGCGUUACCAUCAGCUCUUCUGUCCCACAGCCGGCAACAGUUAUCCCAUCGACAAAAUCGAGCGUUUCAUAGAUGACAACAAGGCGUUAAUGCGACGCAUGUAUGGCGACUUUGAGAUGAACAUGGAUGGAGGCGGUGGACAGGCCAAGGUGCGCAAGAGAAGAUUCAUAGAUGAGCCGGAUAUGUUUAUACCGCCAGGCGCCUAUGCGGCCACAGCAGGCGAAGCUGGCGAUAGUUACUUUGGUGAGCUGCGUAGGAAACGCCAAGCGGCUGGUGGUGCAAGUAAUCGCAAUCGAGGAGGUGGCGCCGCAGGCGGAGGAGGAGGAUCUGUCAAUGGUGCUGGAGGCAGCAAUAGUAAUAGAGCCAAUGCAUUGCCGGGUAAUGCAAAUGGCAAUUCCGGCACUGGACGUCUCGAUGCCUGUGAAUCGAAAAUAGAAAUUGUUACGCCCUAUUGGGCAUCGAAUUCGGCGGGCAAAAUACGCGCCAUUGUCAAUACGCAACACUUUGAGCAGGCCAUACACCAGGAGGUGUGCAGCAACACACAGACUUCGCGCUGUGAGGGCGAAUGCGGCUGCGAACAGAAAUAUAAAUGGCAUCGAUUGCUCGCCUAUGAUCCGGAUAAUGAUUGCAAGGGCAUCUUUAUGGAUUGGUUCCUGUUUCCUUCAUGCUGUGUCUGUAGAUGUAAUCCCUAAGCCAAGAGUUUUCAGUUGGAGCGAGGCG